AUGGUGCCGCUGCAGGAGGCCAUUUACCUGUCGUUGUUUGGUUACAUACCAACCGAGCCGAAGGAGCCACCACCGCUGCAAUGGAUCUUGCUGCUAGGCGAGGCAACAUCACUAUCGUGCGCUGGCUGCACACCCAUCGCAACGAAGGAUGUACUACAGCUGCUAUGGAUGGUGCCGCCUUUAGCGGCAGCCUCAAACUUGUUAAGUGGUUCCAUCAUCACCGUGUUGAAGGCUGCACCGUGGAGGCUAUGGACAAUGCCAUACAAUCUGGACGUACCUCCAUCGUUCUAUUUCAUCACAAUAAUCGGAGUGAAGGCUGCUCGGCGCGUGGAUUUAUGCAUGCCGUCAGUGGUGGAUACCUACACUUAG